AUGCCCACAAGACACUCAAAAUGGUCAGCGUCAUCGAAGAAGAGCGAGAAAGGUGUUAAGGGUGGCUUGAGGAACGGGAAAAGGGAGGGUCGUGGUAGACGGAACGGGGUAACCAAGGAUGCACGGUUGGUGUCACAGGAGGAUGUUGCUGUUGAAAGGACAACAAUGCUACUGGAAAGACAGGCUGAGUUGGAUCAAAUUAUGGACACACAUGAUGCGAUGGUGCGGGAGGCUUUUCACUUGGAGAAGUUUGUGACUCUCAUUGAAUAUGACCCAACUAUUGCGAAGCAGGACAAGUCGAUCGUGUUUCAGGAGUAUAAGUCGGACUAUGACCUGCUUGAAAAAGCCUCUACAUCGGCAGGUCCAUCGCGUGCUACAAGGAGGGCUCAUACCGAGCGCGUUCAAAAUCUUACUGCACCACUUUUACCUUCCACGACUUCUCGAGUGCGCACCGAACCGGAACUGCCCCUCUCCGCUAAAUCAAAAGGGAAACAGAAGGCGGUUGAUUCAGUCAAUGGCACUGCGCCCAUUGAAUCAGUUACGCCGAACAAGCCUGGGAAAAGCAAAUCUAUAUCUCAGCCUCCGAAACUUCGAGCUCUGGCUCCGAUUUUGCCUAUGGAUGGCGAGGCUUCUAUAUCCACGGGACCUGUACGUGGCAAGAAGAGGAAUAUCACUGUUGUUUCCCCCACGGGUUCACCUGCUGCUGCACCUUCUGCAAAAAAGAAGCGGAAAUUCCAAGAUGGACUCGCAUCGGAAGUGGCGGAGGUCCCUAAUAUCUUAGGGCACAAGUCAACUGGGUCAGAUGAUGUGGCGUUGGAUCCCUCCCAAAUUUCUGCUCGUCGCAAGUCUCUGCGACACCCUCCAGCUAUGAUACGAGAACCACCAACACUUUUCCAACUUCCCAGUGAAGUUGAACCGCCACAAUCACAAUUUAAUAUCAGACGCGUCAAGCUCAUAGUGCGACCACCACCUCCAUUGUACUCUAAUCCCCGCCAGCAACCUCCUCGACCUCGGUUCAUUCAUCGCUCUCCGGCUUUUUGA